GCUCCCAGCUCUGGAAUAUCUCAGUGCCCUGCUAAGAGGCACACAUCCAUUUCAGCAGGACUGCAGUGAGAAAGCUGCUGCUGCUGCCCUGCAUCUGUCUGCUGUCCCCCAGCCCUCCCCUCUCUGCUCACUGCCUGGCUUUUCCCUCUUCAUAAGUCACUCUGCCAUCUGCACAGGAAGCAGCGGCCAUACCCAGGGUCUCCCUGGCACUCUUGGAUGAGGGGUGGGGGGUGGGGGGGUAAUGCUACUCCCAGCAAAUUAGGCAAGGACCAGGAGGAUGGAUGGCAUCGGCGUAACAGGCUGGGGGCUGAAAUCUGAGGACGGUGGAAGGAAAGCUUAUAAGCUGCCAGGGUUUUUACUGCAGACUCACUGAGGAUCCUCUGUUCCCAUCAGCAGCAGUAUCAGCACUCUGCAGCAACACAGUGAGGAGACAAUAAUUGAACACCGUGAGAAGGCUCAAUGACGGUUUCCAGCCAUGCAAUGUUCUUGGAAGGCUGUCCUCUUACUAGCGCUGGCCUCUAUCGCUAUCCAGUACACAGCCAUCCGAACCUUUACAACCAAAUCCUUUCAUAUGUGUCCGGUUCCCAACCCGAGCAAUUGUAGCCUGGGACAAGAACCCACAGACUCUCCUGAUCGGUUAUGUGAAGAUGGCCAGCCAGUAACGUCUAACAUCUCCAGGAAAACUCAUAUCCUCAUCUUGGCCACCACCCGCAGUGGGUCCUCUUUUGUCGGUCAGCUGUUCAAUCAACAUUCGGAUGUUUUCUACUUGUUUGAACCACUCUAUCAUGUUCAAUACACGCUAAUCCCCAAAAUGACUCAGAGUAAGAGCCCUGCUGAAAGGAGAGUGAUGCUGGGAGCUAGCAGGGACCUCCUAAGAAGCCUUUAUGACUGUGACCUUUAUUUUAUGGAAAACUAUAUUAAGCCACAACCAGUAAACCACACCACAGAUAGGCUCUUCCGAAGGGGUGCAAGUAAAGCGCUGUGCUCUGUCCCAGUUUGUGAUGCCCUGGGCCCCACCGAUAUUUAUCUAGAAGAAGGAGACUGUAUUAAGAAGUGUGGGAGCCUGAAUUUGACUCUAGCAAUGGAGUCUUGUAAAGACCACGGUCAUGUGGCUAUAAAAACAGUUCGGGUUCCAGAAGUUAAUGACUUAAGAGCCUUGGUAGAGGAUCCCCGCCUUAAUUUAAAAGUGAUUCAGUUGGUGAGAGACCCACGAGGCAUACUGGCCUCCCGUAGUGAGACCUUCAGAGACACUUACAGGCUAUGGAGGAUCUGGAGGGCUACUGGUCGAAGACCUUACAAUUUAGACUCAACUCAGUUGACCACGGUUUGUGAGGACUUCUUGAACUCUGUAUCCACUGGGUUUAGCAGGCCACCAUGGCUAAAGGGGCACUACAUGCUCUUGAGGUAUGAAGACCUGGCUAGAAACCCUAUGAAGAAGAUGGAGGAAAUCUAUGAUUUUGUGGGCAUUCCUCUGGAUACCAAUGUGGAACGAUGGAUCUUGAACAAUACUAGGGGUGACCAGUCUUCUGCCAAACACAAGUACGGCACAGUAAGAAACUCUGCAGCCACAGCUGAAAGCUGGAGGCUGACCUUGUCCUAUGACAUUGUAGAGUUCACCCAGAAUGCCUGUCGACAAGUACUAAGCCAACUGGGCUACAAAACGGUGGGUUCGUCCCAGGACUUGAGGAACCUUUCCUACAGCCUCAUUGAGGACAGAUCUUUUACGCCUUUUUUGUAAUGGUCUAUUUCUCAGUAAAUUAAAUACACAGUGAAGGUGUUAUAUACAGGAUGCCAAGAAAGAAGUUUGGGAAUGAAAUAAACUCUCUAUUUUUGAUAAAGCGAUUCCCCUUCUUCACCUUGUUUCUUCUUGAGAAACAAGUUGCACUACAGUGGUUGGGAUCUAAAAGCACAUUGAAAAAAAAAAUAGGGGGUUAUACCUCUCUGAAACUUGAAGCCGUUUCUACAGA